AUGACAGCGAAGACUUUCCUACUAGAACGCAACCAAGUCGUCUGCUCACCCAGCAAGGAAGAUUCAGGCGGACGAGGCACAGGCAUAUUAACCCACGCCAACGGAAUCAAAGUCAACGUUAUCCUCGAAUGGCGAGCCACCAAACCAGAAGAUCAAGAGCUCGGAGCGCACGUCGCCAAAGCACUCGUCGCAAAAACACUUGAAAAUAUACCAACAAACGAAGAUUACAACCGACCUGAAGAAGUUCGAACGCUGAAAUUCCAAGGGCUAUUCCUCGUUAAGGAACGCUCGCUUUCAGCUAUCGUAUACGAAUGUCCGCAGAAAACGAUGAAUUUGCGGGAUAUCAUUGCGACGAUUCCGAAGCCGUCUGGGGAGGAUAGAGGGAAGCUCGCGGGGAUCAUUGCCAAUAAGAUUAGGUCGCUGCAUGUGCAUUUCAGAAUGCGACAUAUGGGAUUGCGAACGGAGAGUUUUGUGUUCUUCGGCGAUGGGAAGAAACCUGAUCUCAGAACACCAUACCUUCUAGAUUGGGGCCGUUCGGCCACGUCGAAUAUCUAUGAGCAUCCUAGGUAUCAGACGGGACAAUCGCGAUGGUAUCACGAUGUGUGGUCUUUGAUGAUUAUCUUGUCGGAGAUUGCGGAGUGGAAAGUGGUUGAUAGGACGUUUAAAGAUGCGGACGAGCUGGCGAGGAAGAAGUUGCUGAGGAGGAAUGAGGUGACGACUGCGGGCUGGAAGAGUGAACGGACUGCGAAGGUUAUGCAGUAUGGCUUUCAGUUUCUGGAGACGGAUCGUGCUAAGCUUGAUAAGCUGAGUAGGAAGGAGGUUAAGCGGUUCUUUGAUACGCUGUGUGGUCUUAUUGAUGGGCAGUGA